CUCCACUAUUUUUUCAGCUACGAAAGGAGCGACAGGCCCAAACUUUGCGCGCGUCUUCUAGGGUUUGGGAGGUGACUGGUAAUCCUACUCGAGCAUCAAAGUUUCUAUCGCCAUUCCUCUUUAUCUCUCACACUCUGCGUGCGAGUUUUUUUGCGUUUUAGCCAACUAUGGGUGGGUCGGUAAAGGACGUGCACUCAAAGGCGGAGCUUGAUAACGUGGUGGGGAGUGGCGCACCGGUUAUCCUACACUUCUGGGCUUCAUGGUGCGAAGCCUCCAAGCACAUGGACCAAGUCUUCUCCCACCUCUCCACCGAUUUCCCUCGCGCCCACUUCCUCAGGGCUGAAGCUGAAGGGCAACCUGAGAUAUCUGAGGCUUAUUCGGUUUCUGCGGUGCCUUUCUUUGUUCUCUUUAAGGAUGGUAAAACUGUUGAUACCUUGGAGGGUGCAGAUCCAUCUAGUUUGGCUAAUAAAGUUGCUAAAGUCGCUGGUCCAGUUGGCCCUGGAGAGCCUGCUGCUCCUGCCAGUCUUGGGCUGGCUGCAGGAGCUACUGUCCUUGAAACAGUCAAAGAGUUUGCUCAAGAAAAUGGCUCUGCCAAAGUGGAAAACCAAGGGAAACAUGGCCUCGGUGAUGCAUUGAAAAAACGUCUGGAGCUGCUGAUUAACUCUCACCCAAUCAUGCUAUUCAUGAAAGGAAGCCCUGAAGAGCCAAAGUGUGGAUUUAGCCAAAAAGUUAUUGAAAUUUUGAAGAAGGAAAAUGUUAAUUUUGGAAGCUUUGAUAUUUUAGCUGACAAUGACGUUCGUGAUGGUUUGAAGAAAUUUUCUAACUGGCCGACAUAUCCACAGCUCUAUUGCAAAGGGGAGCUUCUUGGUGGAUGUGAUAUCGUAAUUGCAAUGCAUGAGAGUGGUGAACUACAAGAAGUUUUCAGAGAUCAUGGGAUUGAUACUAAUGCUUCAAAUGAGGUAAAAGUGAGCGAAGCUGGAAGUGGAAAGGGUGGAAUCUCCGAAUCUACUGGACUAAGUUCUAUCUUAACCUCUCAGAUUGAAAACCUGAUCAAUUCAAGCCCAGUUAUGCUGUUUAUGAAGGGAAAACCAGAUGAACCCAAAUGCGGUUUCAGCCGGAAGGUAGUUGAAAUCCUCAGACAAGAAAAGGUGGAGUUUGAGAGUUUUGACAUUCUUUCUGAUGAAGAAGUCCGUCAAGGGAUCAAAGUUUAUUCAAACUGGUCUAGUUACCCACAGUUAUAUAUUAAGGGUGAACUCAUUGGUGGAUCAGACAUUGUGUUGGAGAUGCAGAAAAGCGGGGAACUGAAGAAGGUCUUAGCUGAGAAAGGUAUUGUUCAGAAGGAAGCUCUUGAAGAUCGUCUGAGGAAGUUGAUAAGUUCUUCACCAAUAAUGCUGUUUAUGAAGGGUACCCCAGAUGCUCCCAGAUGUGGUUUCAGUUCCAAGGUCAUAAAUGCCCUACGUGAGGAGGGUUUAACUUUUGGGACCUUCGAUAUAUUAACUGAUGAGGAAGUGAGGCAGGGGCUAAAGGUCCUCUCCAACUGGCCAACUUUUCCCCAGCUUUACUAUAAAGGCGAGCUAAUAGGAGGCUGUGACAUUGUGAUGGAGCUGCGAGAUAACGGAGAGCUAAAAUCUACCCUAUCUGAGUAAGGAUUGGUUUUAUUUUUGCAAAUAAUGCGGGACAUCUUUUUUACCCAAAUUUCCGACUCUGUUCGAAGCCGUGCUUUUGACAUCAUACGUGUUUUAAACGUUUGCCUUACAUAUAUCUUAUUAAUGUUCGGAUA